AUGAGCAUCAACAUGGCCAGCCUCCGUCUUGCUCAAUGCUCCCGCUGGCUGUGCUCACUGCUCAGCUAUGGCCUUCUGGGGCGCAUUUCAGACGGUUCAGGGAUGCUCAAAUUAAAAAUCAAGGUAUCAGCACCACAACUCACUCGCAGUCUUUCUAUUCUAGACCAGCGGAAUGAAAAUUUUGUAUUCCUCAGAAUUUUGCCUCCGUAUCACUUCCCCGCUUCGAUCGUCUUAUGACUUGAUCUAUACGACUGUGGGGAUAUAAUGUUAUAGGAGUGACAUUCACUUCACUCCAUACCCGAGACAUGGAACACCGUUUUGAGACCUACUUCUCCAGGUCCAUAAAUUUUAAACCCUUCCUCUAGCCUCCUUGCAUCCCGAUGUUCAAUCUAGAUGCAGUCCAUACCCGCUUCAAAACCGAGGAACCAUUUGUUCCGCUAGAAGUUAGCAAGAGGGAUUUAGAACUUGGUUCUAUCGUUUUUGGUUUUUUCACCGGCUUUCUCUUUUUCUCUGUAUGGGCUGGCUAUCGGGAGACCAUACGCGCUCGACGACUCACCUCAUAUGUUUUCAUGAUAUGGCUCGAGAUUGCGGCAAAUAUCACAUUUGCAGUUGUUUCUUGGGGAUAUCUGAUCAACAUCUUCCCCCCUGGGCUGCCAGUUUUUCUCAUUUGCGCGAUUUGUUGGAUUUGCCAGGUAACCUGCCUGACGUUCAUCAUCGUCAAUCGGAUUUGCAUCCUAUUGUCGCUGCCCCUAGAGAGAAACGUUCUAAGAUCUGCGGUUGGAAUCAUCUUGCUAAUGAUAACAGUGUCAUCGGCGUGUAUUUGGAUUCCGGCACAGUUACAAAUCAACUCAAAAUAUAUCAGGGUGAACAGCUGGUGGGACCGAGUCGAGAAAAGUUUAUACCUAUGCCUGGACUUAGCCCUGAACGUCAUUUUUAUCCGGACGGUCAAAAAGCGAUUGGUUGAUCAUGGCUUGAAGAAAUACGACCACAUUUUGCGUUUCAACCUACGCAUCAUCAGCAUCUCCAUCGCAAUGGACGUCUUACUCAUCUGCACAACAGCUCUGCGAAAUCCAUUUGUUUAUACCCAGUUCCACCCCGUUGUAUACAUCGUCAAGCUGCGAAUUGAGAUGGUCAUGUCUCGGCUCAUCGUGAGAGUUGCUCAAUCCACCGGCGUCCAGCUCUACGACAAGAACACCGAAAUUUCUUCGGGAACCUUCGGCACCAUGCGCACCCAACCCCCCGUGGCGGUCCAAGUUGAUACACACGUUUUUACCCAUUCGGAAGUCGGACCUGAGGUUGAAGGUACGUCCAUCUGUUUUCCAUCUGUUCACUGGUCCCUCACUGCCUUUGUAGAUGUAGACGUACCAAACAAGGUGCAACCAAAGCGAAGAAGGAAGUCUCUCAUGUCUACCUCCUCUUUAGGGCUCGAUGACAAGCCCGUCAUUGAUAGUGACUGUACGAGCACUGUAGUCGAGCUGAAGUGAAGCGCCGAUGCAAGUUGUUCCACAAAAUUGGAUCGCAUCAGAUCCUCAUUUCCUAGCGUAUAAUCUUCAGCGGGAUGAGGUGAUGUGAGGGGCAUCAUCAAAUUAAAGUCGCUUUAGUCGCGUAAUGGUCCAAAAAUAAUAAUUCUACCAACAGUUAGCAUAAUUUUUUUUAGAUAAAUAGGCGGGAAUUGCUAGAAAAAACAUAAUACACUUCCAAGAUUUAAAAAAUCAUCUAUCUUCGCAUUCUAUAGACCCAUGUCUCGUCCCACCUGCCGUAGCACAUCACACUCCUUGCCUCCUUGUCCACACAUAUGUGGUUCCGUCUGAUCAAAGUCUAUGAUUCGGAAGUCUACCCCGUUGUUGUCCGAGUAGAGUACAUUCCUUUCGGCAAACUAGUGGCAUAUGUUGGUCAGGACUAUUAUAAGCUGAGUAGAAAACAAGC